GUCAAAGCUUUAACUUUUGAGUUUUCUGAUGCGAAAUAAGCAAUAGCCAUUUCUAAAAGUGCUACUAAAACUAAUAGUUUUUUUUUAACUUCUUAAUGUUUUGUUUAUUUUGUAAAAUGUUUAAACGAUUGCAUUUUCAUUAAAAUCAGAAAAUUCCGAUGAAGAUAAACGAAAAGAACUUAUCUGCAUAUUCGACAUCGUCGUCCCCAGUUGAUAAAGAAGGAUGGCUGUGCAAACGAGGAGAACUUAAUAAGGGAUACCAGAAAAGAUGGUUCGUUCUCAAAGGCAACUUGCUGUUCUAUUUCGACCGAAAAGGCGAUAAAGAGCCAUUAGGUGUUAUCAUACUUGAAGGAUGUAGUAUUGAAUUGGCUGAAAAUGAUGAUCAGUUUAGUUUUAAAAUAAUAUUCCAUGGGCCUAAUAAUAGAAGUUAUAUAUUGGGAGCGGAUAGUCAGGAGUCAAUGGAACAAUGGAUGAAGUCAUUGGCUUGUGCUAGUUAUGAUUAUAUGAAAUUUAUGGUUGCUGAUUUACAAAGACAGCUCAAAGAACUUGAAGAGUCUCCUAUUCAAGUAACUGUCCAGGUGCCUACUAAUCAAGCAUCACUAAAAGUAGAAUCUAAUGAACAAAAAUCACCUCAGCCUCCACCUAGAGGUCGUCAUAAUCCAUUUAAUAAGCCAACCAAUAGCCAUCAAUCUCCACAACGUAAAGACAUCUUAUUUCGUAAAUCAUUCAAAGAGUUACAUAACCAACUCGGCAGACCUAUACUUAGAGACAGGAAUGAAUGGAGGUUUGGAUUGAUGAAACAAGAAUUACACAAUCAAAAACCACUGAUUACUUUAUGAUAUGUCCAUUUAAUUAUUGUUUUAUAAUGUUUAUAUUGAAUUUUUAUUUAUUUGGGGGUUGUUGUCUUACUUUUAUAGCCUAUAU